AUGCCAAUUGCCGAUAAAUGAUUCCCCAACGAAACUUAGGGCGUUUAAUUCCUUAAACCCCCAAUUUUGAUACCUCGAAUAGUCGCCCCCCGCCCCCAAGCCGAUAGUCGUCCUUGUUCGAGGAGUCGAAGAUUCCAGGCAGCAUAGACACCGCGCAAAAUCUCGUCACUCGUGAACCAGCCGGAAGCACGCAUCCACAGUAAUCGCAAAGUUUUACGUUACAAUAAAUUCGCGAUCUAUUCAACAAAGUUGAUCAGUAACCAGGAUGCAAGAAACAAUGUUGAACUUCCGAUGGGAUCUCUUCUCAUCACAAUUCGCCUCAACCCUGGACGUAUGCUACGUGAGAAAAUAUUUUGUCGAUUUGUCACUGGUAUGCAAGGAUGGUACAACAAUAAAAUGCCACAAAAUGGUGGUAGCUAACUCAAGCGCAUUCUUUCGUCGGCUUUUAGUCGAGAAUGAUAAUCCCCAUCCGAUGAUUGUUCUCCACGAUAUCGAUGCCCAAGAUCUACAGACACUUGUCACCUUCAUGUAUACCGGCGAAAUCGAGGUGGGAAAGAGCGAGGUUAGGAGAUUGUUGAAAAUCGCUGAAAUUCUACAAAUUACGGGCCUGAGGGAUGUUAGAUCAUCGGCACAAUUUCAGACAACAUACGCAGCAGAAUUGGCUCCAUUUCCGUCUGAAAAAUCACCAGAGGAGGCGAAGAUCUUGAAGACUACUGAGACAUCACCCUCAAUCCCGAGUAAACCACAUCAUAAUCGACGAAAAGUUCAUGAGACUCCGAGACAUGCCGAACCUGAGAGAAUUCAUUACAGCGCAAAAGUUCAUACGAAGCCAAUGGCUGCAACACUGAGCCCCAACAGCACAUCAUCACCAGACCUCAAUGACAACCGCAACAGACCCGCAAGUAAUGGAGACUCGAGGGAAUCUCUAGGAUCGGACAAGAAUCUUCAAAAGCGUCACGCACCUGACCAUUUUCAGUACCUCAAAAAAUUACGUCUUUUGGGAGAAAUCGAUAUCAUUCAGUGUUAUGAUAACUGCGAAGUCUCCGGGGCACAAAGGAUGGCAAAUAUCGAAGCCCCCACGGUUCCCGACCCGCCAGAGCAUCAUGGGGUUGUCAUCAAGAAUGAAAUUGACAUUCCAUUUGACCUUGACCAUUCAGGUAUCAGAGGAAAUUUCGGCCAUAUAAUUCAGAAAACAUCAGACUCUUUGGGUGGGAUGGAAAUAUUCAAGGCCCAACCGUACGGAAACAAUGCCCAAUGUUCACCGCUCGAAUACAUGGAGCCAAUACCUAGUACCAGCAAGAUGCAGUCUCAGCCCCAAAUCCAAGAGUUCUCCUGCUCCAAAGGCUCUUUUUAAAUAUUAAAACUUUACUGAGACAAAACAAAAACAUUUUUUUAUGAGUACGACCUUAGAGAAUAAACAUGCUGACGAGAUCGAGAAAAAAAAUAUAUUUCUGGUGAGAUAUUCGUAGUUUCUGAGGACGAGGACAAUUUCUUGACGACACGGGAGCUAUUUAUCAUGUAAAGAAUACGAACAACUGGGUAUUCUCGUGCGUUACCAUGGAGAUUAUGGAAAUUGAUUAAACUGACAUUUAUUGGUACAUUUUCCACCCGGAUAACAGUCGACAUUCCAAAGGGGAAGAAGAUGGAGCGUCCAACACUGGAAAAUCAAAGUGCAGCUAAUUACUGCACCCAACGGCACAUCACCGAGGAGGAGUUCCAAAAUUUUAUGCAGCGAGUUACAGAAGUCGGUGAGUUGAUGAAAAAACGGAUAACUUAUUAAUCAAAAAAUGAU